ACACCCCACACAUAAAGCAAUGACAUAGGGUAGCGAUUAGACCCCUCCUCCACUGGUGGACUCUGGGGAUCAGAAAGUGCUAGCAGGGACUUCAGAAGGAGCAAACAAGAACAUCAUGAAGACAGCAGGCUUUCUGCUCCUGGCCCUGAUGCUAUUCUUUUAUAUGGAUUUUGUUACUGAAGCAAAUGAAGAAAAGAUUCCUUGUAGUCGUCAGAUACAAAACCAUUGUACUCUGGAGUAUAAACCACACUGUGGUUCUGAUGGUUUCACCUAUGCCAACAGGUGUUUGUUCUGCAAUGCAGUUGUGAAGAGUCGUGGAGUGCUUAAACUAAAGCACCACGGAACAUGUGGGCAUAUUGCAGAACUGUACAAAAAUUAAGAAUAUACAUCCACUAGAAAAACAACUACCAUCCCAACUCAUUUGGUCUCUUGCUCACCACAUCAUCAUAAAGAAUGCCAUUUUUCUUUGCUUUUUCUCUAGUUUGUCUGAGUAUUUCUUGUAACAUGGAACAUUUUAAUUGUCUGUUUUAGUAAAGAAAUAAGCAGCAUGAUCUUUUUUUUAAAAUUCUGCAUUCAGUAUAUAUCAUAUAUCAUAUGCACAUAGGAGUUCUCUAUAUGUAUAUAUACAUGCAAUUUAGAUGCAUUCAUAUAUAUCACUUAUGUACAAUAGUAAAGAAUCAAUCCUUUAUUUAUCAA